AUGACGAAGGCCCGUUCUAGCAGCCAACCAGCAGCAGGUAGCAAGAGGAGUGCUUCACUACCCAAGAAUGGUUCUAGAGCUAGUAUAACCAAUGCCAAGAAGAAACCGAGAGCUAGUUCGGUUCCUCCACAAAAGAAAAAGGCAACGGUUACAGCAUCAGCUGCCGCCAAGCGAAAGAGUGCUCCACCUAGUAAGAAAACUCCUGCAGCAGUCAAGAAGAAGCCAACCAAAUCCACUACUAGCACUGCCAAGACGAGUACCACCAGCAAAGCCAACCCAAAGAAGUCUGUCAACAACAAACCUUCCACUGCUACCAAAACUAGUACUGCAACUGCUGCCAAGAAGAAAGCUACCUCUACCCCCACCAAACCUACUACCGGUAGCACCACUGCUGCCAAGACUGCUUCCACUAAUAAGAAGAACACAGCACCAGCCAAAACCAAAAGCAAUAGUACUACUUCAUCUGCCACCACCAACAAGAAGAAUGCUGCUACCACCAAUAAGAAACAGGAUACCCCCAAAGACACUCCCGAAGAAAUUCCGUUAACUCCUGAAGAACAACACAUUCAAAAACUACUAGGAGAAGGAGCCUACCAUUUACCAGGCAAUACCACUUGGUGGUCCGAUUGGAUCCAAUAUUUCGCCAACAAUCAUCCCCUCUUUAGCGCCUGCUUUCAACAUCCACUCCAUCCCAUUUCCAAAUGGAUGAGACUGGUCCAGAUUAUUGGCAGUAUCAUGGUGGGACUGGUCAUUACCAAUAUCAUUUUCUUGCUAUUCAUUCAGAACGACAAUCCACAAGAUGAACUGGUUUCGGCAUUGAAACCAAAACAAUCCUUGGACGAAAAACGACAAAUUAUCGAAGAUUACACCACGGUCGACUUGUCUCCGGGCAUGUUAUUGUUGUGGACGGCGGGCAGUGCCAUUCAUGCCGUGUGGGACAAUACCGUCUGGUACGCCACAUCGUGUGCCUGUAUUACAGCCGAUGCCGUGUGGGUCCGCAAAACCAAAAAAUUCUGUAAUGUCUUGGUUGUGACGGGUGUCAUUAUCAUUGGUGCCGUGGCGACCUUGUCAGUCGUUAUUCGAGCUCAUGUCGAAGGAGGAGGAGAAUUGGAUUACUCGCAGUUAAACAACGGUGCAGCCAGUAACAUUACACAAUCCCUGGUCGAUUCCAAAUCCAUUUCCAACAAGGAGAAUUACGAAUUCCUAUUGAGUUAUUUGGUCGAACUGGUAUCGGCGUGGUUCUUUUGGUUCCCAGUCAUUGAAACCAUUCUCUUUUCGGGGGUACUGGCCAGACUCUGUUGUUGUGCGUGUGGACGAGAGUUGUGUGGUGGACGACCGGGCGAAUUGCAACAGGAAGAAGAGGAUAUUGAAGCACAAAAAGAACAACCCAAGAACAAUAAGAAGAAUCAAUCGACAAGCAACAACAAGAAGGCAUCGACAGCCAACAACAAGAAGCCUUUGGCAGCCAACAAGAAGAAAACUGCCAAACAAUCAUAG